UGAGCCCUGUGAGUCCAGAAGAAGAUACCCUUCCACAAACCAGGUGUCUUGGCUACUGGUUGUGGCAUUGCCUGGAUAACAAGUGGUGGCCCGGGCACCUUCCGCUGACACCUCUGUUGGCCCGCCGCUGAACACCGACUUCCCCUUCCACCUGAGGACAGGAGCCAUGCAAAUCCCAGCACUGUUCUUGAUGGCAGCCUGGAUCUUGAGGCUCUGUCCCCCGGGGUUGUCGACCAGCAUGGGGCACCCUUUGCCUGUCCCCCUCAGAGAGAACCACCUCUUCCCUCGACCCUCUGGGAGUAACACCCCGGCAGUGCACAAAGAGAGGUUGUCCCCGCCCACGACGGCCCACCCUUUCCAGGACUACCCGGAUGACUAUGAUUACGACAACACCGUGAAGCCCCAGACACCCCGCCCCGCCCGGCCCCCACUUCGCCCUUGCGCCUACAACCACUGCCAACACCUUCAAGUGCCCUGCGUGGAGCUCAGUUAUGCCACUGGGUGCUCGUGUCCCGGGGUCACGGGCCCGAACGUGGCCCCCGAGCCGCCCCGCCUGGAGAAUGUCCUCGUGAGCGAAACUGGAGCCAGCUUGCACUGGUGUGCACCUUCUUCCACGGUGCAAGAAUAUCGAUUGCAGUACCGUCCGGUCGACGGGGCCUUCGCCUCCGGCCCGGCUCUUAACAACACUUUCCGUUUGACGGCGGUUUCAGGGUUGUCACCGAAUCGGGAAUACCUGUUCUGUAUUGUGGCCUCCAACCAGGCCGGGGCCAGCCGCACGGACGACGGCGAAAAGGAACACGGGCCGUGUCGCAUCGUCCGAACCCCGGCCCGCCAGAUGCCGUACGCCUAUGUUGCGGCAGGACUGGCGUCCGCUCUUGUUCUGGUGGUCGUCUCCGCCUUGUCGUGGCAUUUCUUCUGCCGCAGAAAGAAGCGUGUCCCCCGCGGAUCCCUGGAUAACAUCCUGGAGGGCGAACCGGGCCUAGGCGGGGCUGCCAACAGCUCUUUCCGGAGCGAGGAGCAGCUGUAAGAGAGUUGCCCCGGCAGGUCUCUCCAUGGGCCUCAAGCGCUCGCGGUCUCAUCGGGCUCUCGAGAGAAGACCCAGCCAGUGGGGCUGGAGGAGGACGGCUGGGCCUCGUGGCUGUUGCCUUCCGCCACAGCGAUGCCGUCGCGUCGGGCUCAGCAGCUGCGAGUGACAGGAGCCCUGUCGCUUUUGUGGGACUUCCCCUGGAGAUGGAGGCUCAGGGCCGGAAGGGAGGGGCCGGCCGUUCUGUGCCAUCGAUUGCCGAGAAUUUGGGAACAGUGCCGGCUCUGGUUUUGGGGGUCCCUUGGGUAAGGCUCCAUCAAUGGGUCCCUCCCUCAGUGAACCUGCCUUCUCACCACCAUUGUCUGCAUCUGCUUUUGCUCCCACCUCCUCUCCAUCAUUGCUACCUACUUGCUGGACCGGCGGAGAGCCAGGGAGCAAGGAGGCCGUGGCAUUUCCUGCUCCUCCACCGUUGUCUUAGCUGGAGCGAGAGGCAAGUUGCAAGGGUGAAGAGGAGGUACUACUCCAGAGGGCUCUGGUCAGUGGGCCCCUGCUGUGCUCUGGGCCCUCAGCAGCUGCCCAACCAUGCCGGCCCUCAACACCCACCCUGUUUAGGUAUAUCUAUUUGCGGUGUUGAGGGUGAGAGUACACAGGGAGGAUUGCCCCAGGUGCCGUUUCCCAGCCCUCACUUGGGAAGAGGGACGCUAUAAACCUUUGCCGUCUGCUGCCUCGCUUUCCUCCACGAGCGCCCGGUCCAAUCUGUGUGGAUGGCUGAAGAAAACCUGAAUGUCUUUCGUCCUCCGCCGAAUCGUUAUUUCCAUUUUUCUAUUUUUAAAAAUGAAUCUAUUCUGGACGAAGGUGCAACUGUUUCUUCCUUUAUAUAAAAAGAAGAAGAACAAGAAGAAAGGCUGCGUGCUCUUGGUCGGAAUGUAGAGAGUCGUUUCAGGCGUGAUGAUGUGCGGAUUGUGUUUAUGUAUUUAUUAUUUUGUGUAUGACUUUGAGAAAUGAUAAUAAAACAGAGGUACUAAAGAGGCAGGACGGGAGAAGAAACCCAGGGAGAACUGCCAGCGUGUUGGUCUGUUGCAGCAAAGAAACCCAGCGAAGAGUCUUGUGCACUUUAAAGACAAAAACAUUUAUUAUAACAGACUGUAUAGCUCAGUGGAUAGAGCGCAUGCGUUGCAUGUAAAAUAUCCUAGGUUCAGUCUCCGGCAUCUCCCAGAAGAACUAGGAAAGUCUCCUUUCUGAAACCCAGGAGAGCUUUUCGCCAGUUCUGUAGUGAGUGGUGUUGGAGACCUUCCUCCGAUGGUCGUCACAUUUCACCCUCCCAACCUCCAUUAGUUCAUUUUCCAUCUAUGAGAGUUGGACUAAGCAAGAAUUUUCAAGCGUGCAUCUGAUGAUAAAGAACCAGGGACAUUUCUGGGCAAAACACGGUCUUCCACCGAGAGGUGUGGGUGUCCCAUAACUGCAUAUUGAUGUUAAUUUAUUGUCACUGGAAGAAUUGGAGGAGAAUAAAACACUAAACUGUCAAUACAUGGUG